UCGCCCGACUGCCACCCGUGCGAGGAGUUCGAGAUCCGUGGCAGCACAAUCAUAGUGGAGCGCCUUAAAAGCAAAUCCUUUGAUUUCUGCAGGAAAGUGUCUCGAGUGAGUGAAAUGCCAAGCUGAGAAGUGGAGAAACCAAGUGCUAAAGCAAAAGUUUACAACCAAAUAAUAAUAAUACCAAUAUAAUACAAAGCAAACGAAAGUGUUCAGCAACAAACAUUCCUCGCCCCGGUCACUGGAUCAGGAUAUAUAUACACAUACAUAUAGCAAGCCAAACAAAAGGAAAGGAUACGCAUACGGAUAAAGAUAAGGAUAAGGAGCCACAGAUGCAGCCCUAACGCAGAGCAAGGAUCUCGUCUUAGUCGCCAAGCUGAAGCAAUUAACUGAAAAUGUAGCAGGGAAAAGAACAUGGCCCAACUGGAACAGCAAAUGCCUUGCGAUGCAACUAGCAUAAACAAACUCAGACGACUCCGUGAUUAGGACGUGUUGUACCCAAACGCUCUAAAUGCAGACGAUAUGGGCACAACAUGGCCUCAGCACAGAUACGACAUUUCUAUAACACACCAACAACAAUUUCUUCAACAACAACACGACAACCUUUACAACAACAGCAGCACACGAACAACUGCAACUGCAUCAAUCGGAAGCAAUUUCAAAACGAUACGUUUCUGUGCCACACACAAACACAAAGCGAAUCAGAGGCAGCAGCAGCAGCAACAGCAACAUUAUGCCAGUCAACACUUGCGGCAGCAGCAACAUCAGCAACAGGAGCAACUGCAACUGCAGCAGCAACAGAUGAUGUACCAGCCAGCGAAUGUCCGCAGUCCUGGACCACAGAUGAGAACUCAGCCAGCGAUAGAGACACCCAGCACAGGAUGCGCAAUCCUUUGGACGACAUUGCUGCAGGCUGCGAUGUUGCUGUUCUUCCUGUCGUGCAGCAACAGCAGGACCUGGCUGAUCCUGCUGCCCCUUUGGUCGCUUCUACAGGGAUUUCGGAGCAGGAUCGCCUCGCCACGAGCACUUGCCUAUCACGCCUAUCUUCCAAAGUCAGUCAGGACUCUACGAAACAACAACGAAAGCUCUUUCAACACGGCGAAGCCACAAAGGACUAUGCUGCUGCGACUUCAACGACUCCGGCAGUCGGCAUCCUUACGGAUAUGCAAAAGUUUGCACGCUCUAUAUUUCCGCUGGUUAUCAUCUUCAAUCUGCUGCCUUUAUUCUAUGCAGGCGGUGCUCAUUUAAAGUCGAACGGCGCCGACGGAGAGCCUUGGAUGCAGCCGGUGGUGGCCUAUUUGGAGGUGUCGUCGCGACCCACGAAAUCGCCAAAGUGUGAUCAGACAUUCGUGUCGCGGAUCGGCGGACCACAGAAUGGCAGCUUCUCGGCCCCGCUGCUGCACAACCAUCGCAAUCACUCGCGCCAAUGCCUCUACACCUUCCUAGCAGGACCUGGUCAGCGCGUCGAAGUAGUUUUUAAAUCGUUUAAUUUAAGAGGAAGUCCGCCAGACGGUUCGGCCGUCGGUGAAUUACCAAGUUGUGUUCAUGAGUACAUGGAUAUCUACUCGGAGGUGCAGUCGUCGGAGCCAGCGGAACUGAUCAAUUCGCCAUUCGGUGGCCGCUACUGCGGCACCAUUCCGCCGCGUCGUCGCAUUUCCAUGUAUCGGGCAGUUGCGAUUUCUUUUUUUAGCAACAAGAACGUGACCACGGACCUGUUCGAGGGCACGUUUAGGUUUAUAAAUGCAUCGGAAUAUGAAAUUGGCAUACCCAUUGCGGGGUCGCCAUGUUCCUACACGAUAACGCCCAGCAUGAGCGUCAACAAAACUGGUGCGCUCAUAUCGCCAACCUAUCCAGGUGCCUAUCCGAAGGAUAUGUCAUGCACAUAUCAGUUUCUUGGUGAAUCGAAUCAGAGGGUUAGAUUAGAGUUUCGGGAUUUUGAUCUAUUUUUUGGUGGACCACACUGCCCAUUUGACUAUGUGAAAGUGUACGAUGGUCCAGAUAAUUCGUCAGCAUUAAUCGGUACAUAUUGCGGGCAGCAAAGAAACUUAGUUUUGUAUUCGAGCGAGUCGAGCCUUUUUGUUCAUUUUUAUACGUUAUCGCGCACCGCAAAUACCCAAAAUCGUGGCUUUAAAGGAAUUUAUGAAUUUAGCGAGAGUUUUGUUAAAUUAGAUUUUAUACGUGAAAAUGAUGGCAUUCACAUACGUGGCUCAGAAUGUGAUCAAAAGAUUUUAUCGAAGAAGGAAUCCACUGGCUUUGUGCUCUCACCCAACUAUCCCUAUCCCUAUAUACCAAAAACUGUGUGUAGAUAUUUCAUCUAUGGCAUGCAGGAUGCCCAGCAUCUGGAGCGUGUGCGUCUGGAGUUUAACGCUUUCAAUAUACCUAAGGUGGAGCACAAGGACAAGAGCGAGUCCAACUGCACGGACGGCUAUCUAAAGAUCUAUCUGAAGGGCCAGGAGACGGCCGAUGCCUACGACAAGUUCGACUACGAGUUGUGCGGCAAUGAGACGCAGCGGGUGAUCAGCGAGGGGCCGCGGCUGGCCAUGGUCUUCAGUUCGGGUGAGCUGCAGGGUCGUGGCUUUAAGGGCAAGUACACGUUCGAGACGGAGUACAAGAUACCGGGCACGGCGGCACCGGAUGGCACCUGCAGCUUCACCUACGUGAGCAGUUCCAAGAAGCGCGGCGAACUGAACAGUCCGAGAUACCCCUCCAAUUAUCCCUCGGACACGAAUUGCUCAUAUCUCUUUCUGGCCGAGGCCGAUGAGCAGGUGACCAUUGUGUUUGACCACUUCAAGAUCAAGGCGGACAACAAUGCAAACGCCACCGCCGGAGCUUACGGCUCUGGUGCCUGCUUCGAGGACUGGCUGGAGAUGUACGUCGUCUAUCGGGACAACAACGACCGCCUGCUGGGCCGCUACUGCGGUCAGACAGCCCCCGGACCCGUCGAGAGCCCGCGGGGAGCGGUGGGGCUGCGGAUCACCCUGCACACGGACCAGGAGAGCGUGGCCAGCGGCUUCAAGGCCCGCUACUUCUUCGAGUCGGCCAAGUCGGAUGCCGGCGACUGUGGCGGCAACUUCAGCAACCAGGACUCGGGCCUCAUCACCUCGCCCAACUGGCCGGCGGGCUACAAGGCACCUGGUCGGGGCAUGGCCUCCAACGCCUGCAACUGGGUGAUGAAGGCGCGCCCCGGCUACAAGCUGUCCAUUCACUUUGAGCAGUUCGGCCUGGAAGGAGACCCAGCCAAUCGCGGCUGUCCUGCCGCUGUGCUGCGGCUGUGGAUGAACGUGGACUCCGACCAGCCGCCGCUGGAGCUGUGUGGCGAGAAGCCGCCCGUGGAGCAGUGGCACUAUACCUCCACUGGCCAGACGGCGCGCAUCAGCUUCACCACCAGCGACAAGACAGUGGGUGCCCAGGGCUUCCGCAUUGUGUGGACCGAGAUACAGGACUCCGGUCCGGGUCCGCCGUCCGUGGGUCUGCACUGCGAGUCAACGUACCACUUCCAGUGCGGAGCCGGAUACUGCAUCUCGGAUAAGCUGCGAUGCGACGGGGUCAAGAACUGCGGACCCGGCGACGAUACUGACGAAUUGCACUGUACCACGGAAGCGGCCGAGGAGGACUACGACGUCCUAAUUAUAAUAACGCUUCUCGUCGUCUCGUCCCUAAUCUGUCUCCUAUGCAUACUCUGUCACUCCAGAAGAAGCCGUAGGAACCAUGUCCGCCAACUGGGCCUACAUCGGAAUGCACAUUACGACUCGCAGACCAGUGCCACGGCGGGUCUCAGCUCCAGUCGCAGGCAUCUGCAGAGUGGUGGCGCCAGCAUUGCGGGCAGCUUGCAUGGGAUCAACAGCGGCAACCUGAUCAUCCCGCCCGCUCCACUUCCGCCCACCAGUGUGCCGCCGCCGCCACACAUCUGCAUCGCCGGCGUGGACAUGGGAAUGGGUAUGGGGAUGGGACAUGGGCUGAUGUCCAACGGGGAGGACGACGACGACGAUCUGGAGCUCGACGAGGACCAGCUGGACGCGGACAUUUUCAUCAACGAUGUGCACUUCGAUGAGGACAACAUCGAUCAUGUCAACCAAAUGGCGAACGUCUAACGAUGGUUCGGUGCGGUUUUAGGCACUUUUAUCGCAACCUUCAGUUUCGGUUUUAAAACGCAUUUAGAAUAAGGCUAUCUACAUACAUAGGUAAUGGCGAACGAAGCAACUUUGCAGAGCAAGAACAGUAGAUUACAAACACUCCCACAGUGCAAACUGAAACGCAGACACAGGAUACAGUGAAACACGAGUACAGUAAAACCGGGAGGCGAGCAGAACAGAAAUUCAAAAGUUAACAAUACCUAAAAGACAAGAAAUUAUGCAAAAAUGCGAAUUGAUUAAGACGUAAAUUUAAUAACGAGCGAAACGCGAUGGCUAGUAGCAUAAGAGAUGGUCAGAUAGAGCGGAAUCUAAGCUAAUUAAGUACAGUAGGGCGAGCAUAUUGUAGUUGCGAUAACACGAUUAGCCAGCAGCGUUUCACAUAGGGCGAUGAUAGGCGAUGGAUGAAUAAGAUACCAAUAACAGCUACAUUUAAUAACUAUAUUAUACACAUAGCGAAAUACGUACGGCGGAGCGGAGAGAGCGCACAAAAAGCACAGGCCGAUGGGCGGAUGUGAAGAAAGCAAAGAGAAGCCGUGCGGCGGAAACGGAAACGAGCCGAAAAUAGUGGAGCGGAAGUGCAUGUACGAAUCAUUUUCAUAGCCACAAGAGACCGCAGACAAGACGAAAAAUAAAAUAAAGUUGUUGAUUUUUAUAUUUGAUACGAGUAAUAUUUAGGUGAAGCAUAAAUUGAAUUAAAUAUACAACAGAAAAAACGAAGAUGAAAUAACGUUGAUAAAAAACAAUACACACAAUUCGCAAAACCGAUAGAUAAACCAAUAAUGAAUAACGGCAGCAACAUACUAAAGGGCAUAAAACAAUAAUAAUUAAUUAUCUUCACAUACGCGCAUGACUUUUUAUUUACACAUUUUGUACAAAAAAUCUUCGACCCUUGAGGCUACACAAAUCAAACUUACAACAACAAAAAGGAGAAGACAAAAUAAUGCAUAAAUAAAAGAAUUAGUGACUAUCAAAACUGUAUCUUCCAGCAAAGAAUAAAAGCCAAGAGUUUAAUGACGCUAAAUCGAAAAGUUUAUAUGAGAAUAAAAAGGAAUUUGAAUAAAUUACAUAUAGUGGCCCCAAAGAUGGAAAAUGAUUGCGAGAAAUGGAAAUUAAAUAAAUUCAAAGAUUUUUGUCUAUUUAAGCACAUUUUUAUAAACAUUUAAGGCGAACAAGAAUAUUUAUAAAAAUGUAUACGCUAAAGGGAAUGAUAAUAAUAAAGUAAAUUAUACAAAAAGCUAAACACAAAAACUAAAUACAGGAAACCCAAUAUUAAGUUUCUUUUUUCGUUGGGUCGAAUUCUAUUUGACGAUUAACUUUUAAAUGAACUAUUAUUUUAUUGUAGUUGAUCAACUUUUUACACAUGCAAUCCUGUUGCGAAAUUAAAGAUGCUUUAGUUGAAAUCAGUUUUCUCCGUUUAUGAGCUAAAUGAUAAAUUCCCUGAAAUUUCCAAGAAUAAAUAAUAAUUAUUGGUUUCAUAGCGCACGUACGUUUUGCAAAGAAAAUUGAGGAAAUUAAAGAAUACGGCUUAAAUCAGCGAUGGAAAUUAAAAAAAUCCCGUUUGACGUAAAAACGAUUAAUAAUAAAGGUAUGUAGGUGUUACAAAAAUGCUACACUAAUUAAAAAAAAGAAUGAUAAAAAAAGCUAAAAUAAAUAAAAUUACAUUGAUGAAGUAAACCGUUGUUAAAUUGUUGCAUAAAAAGCAUAAUGAUCAAGAACUCCUAGGACUUAAUUCGUAUAAAUAAACUUUAGUUUAAGUGUACAAAUUUUGUUGUUGUAUUACAUUAAAACCGAACAGAAAACCCAGAAGCGAAGAAUUCAAUUAGUUAAUAAAAACUCUAAAUUUGUGUUCUAGCAAUAAAAAUUAAACAUAAAUUUAAAGAAAAAUAGUACGAAAACGUGAAGCUAAUAAAAAGUUUGAAAAAGAUUGUCCCCAACAAAAAACCUAUCCCAAAACCAAAAAAAAAAUGUUCUAAACUAAAAUGUUUACUAAAGUAACACAAAGUUAAACUAAAACACCCCAAAAAAGCAAAUGUUAAAAUUACAAUUAAACCUAUAAAUAAGACACUCAAAGAAAGGAGUCAAACACAUUCGAAUUGAGAGACGUUUUUCAAAUUUCAAAACCCGAUACAGAAAUCAGAAAACCGAAUCUCGGGCGCACUUAUUGGCAGAGAACAUGGCGCCAGUUGCCAAAAAGAGAGAUAACCGAAUAACAAAUAAAAUAGUUAAAUGAUAAAUCGCAGAACAAAAAUUUCAAAUUAAAAGGAAACACCUACAAAAACAAUUCCAUGUUAACAUUAAAUAUAAAUAAAGGUAAUUAAAUAAAUGAAUACUAAAACCAA